AUGAGCGGGGACAAGCCAGAGGAGGAUAAUCUUCAGGACACAACCACAAUAAACCUGAAGAGACGCAAGAGAGUCAAGGAGAGCAAAACGGCUUCGAAGCCACCUCAAGUAUAUCCGCAAAUGAAGUGUAAGCUAAGGUGUUUGAAACUGGGAAAGCUGGCCCAUCUGCUAUCUUUGGAAGACAACAUACUAAGCUUGUGUGAGCCAGACAAGUCUUCUGAGGGGUCGAACAGUCAGAAACAUGUUGUUGAGCAACUUCGUGGAAGUCCUCUUUCUGUUGGAACACUUGAAGAAUUUAUUGAUGACCAUCAUGGAAUAAUUACUACCGGUGUUGGUCUGGAAUACUAUGUUAACAUCAUGUCUUUUGUUGAUAAGGACUUACUUGAGCCUGGAUGUACUGUUCUCCUAAAUUACAAAGAUAAUAGUGUUGUGGGUGUUCUGGAGGGAGAGAUGGAUCCAAUGGUUAAUGUAAUGAAACUAGAAAAAGCACCUUCCGAGACAUAUGCAGACAUCGGGGGACUUGAGGACCAGAUACAGGAAAUCAAAGAAAGCGUCGAGCUUCCACUGACUAAUCCAGAACUUUACCAAGAAAUGGGAAUAAAGCCUCCAAAAGGUGUAAUUCUGUAUGGGCUUCCAGGAACUGGAAAGACUCUUCUAGCCAAGGCUGUUGCAAAUCAAACUUCCGCAACUUUUCUUAGGGUUGUUGGGACAGAGUUGAUCCAAGAAUAUCUUGGAGAGGGGCCUAAGCUUGUAAGAGAACUCUUCAGGGUUGCAGAUAUGCAUGCGCCAUCAAUAAUUUUUAUUGAUGAGAUAGAUGCAAUUGGAGGAAGAAGAUACAAUACGUCUUCUGGAGGAAGAAGGGAAGUCCAAAGAACAAUGCUGGAACUACUCAACCAACUAGAUGGGUUUGAUACCAGAAAUGACAUCAAGGUAAUAAUGGCUACGAAUAAGAUAGAGGCUCUUGACCCAGCUUUGAUUAGGCCGGGAAGAAUUGACAGGAAAAUUGAGUUUGGGAUGCCAGAUGCUGCUACAAAGAAGAAGAUAUUCGACAUCCAUACAUCGAAGAUGACACUGGAUGAAAGUGUGAACAUCGAAUCAUUGAUAACAAGUAAAGAAGACCUGAGCGGGGCAGACAUAAAGGCAAUCUGUACGGAAGCCGGGAUGAUAGCUUUGAGAGAAAGAAGAAAGACAGUUACCAUGAAAGAUUUCAUUUCAGCAAGGGAAAAAGUAUUUUUCUCAAAACAGAAAGUAAUUUCAGCUGGACUUUAUUCUUGA